ACACGGGGCAUCCCCGAGCAAAGCAAAGAAGAAACGAAUAGCACAGAGAGAGAGAGAGAGAGGAGAGAGGAGAGAGAAAGCUCAUUGCAGCUCAGCAUCGUCGUCUUGAGCGCGAUCGGAAUCUCUCCGUGAUCCGCCAAGCAAUCUUUGGAACUCUCUCGGUAUUGCAUUAUCAACUCAUCAAAAUCUCAUUUGUAAAUUACCUCUUCAUUUCUCUCUCUCUCUCUCUCUAAAUUUUUUAUCGUUCUUUUUUCUUUUUUUUUUUUAAUUUGUCGAUCGACUUGUCGACCAAAAAAAUAGAGAUAGAAACCCUAAUUUGCGGCUCUGCCAUUUCAAAACCCUAAUUUCGAGAACCUUCGACUCCGAUACCCUAACUUUGAUGGCAGCAGCUGCUAAUCACUCUCCUCGUAAUUCCGGCAGCGGCGACUCCUCCGCCGCCCUCAACAGCCCACGAUCGAAGCGUGGUGCGGCGGCGCGUGCUGCCGCAUCGUCGCCGUGGAUACAGAUUGUUCGCGGCGCUGAAUCUGAAUCGAUCGUCUCCUCCUCCGCUCCUCCCGCUCCCGUGCCGGCGGCUCCUUCCUCUCCUUCAGCAUCGGCGGCGGCGGCGGCGACGGUGGCUUUAGCUUCGUCGUCGUUGUCGUCGCCAGAUGAUUCUGCUGCUGAGGCUCAGCCGGAGGGCUCUGAUAAUGCGGCUAAGAAGCCGGCUUGGAACAGGCCUUCGAAUGGUGUUGUUGAAGUUGGAACAGUAAUGGGGGCUGUUUCUUGGCCCGCUCUCUCUGAGUCUACUAGGGCUUCUCCGAAAUCGUCUUCUUCUGAUUCAGUGAGAGCUCACUCUGAUGGAUCGGUAUUAAUAUCACAGGGGACUGGGAUUGUGUCUUCUUCACAGAAACAAGUCAUCACAAACAAUACAAACCCUACUUUAACUCCAACCUCGGUAACACCCAUACGCCAGAAAUCUAUGAAGCGCAGUGGUGGGAUUUCGAGCGGAAGUGUAACCGCUAAUGGUGGAUUUCCUCAGCCACCGCCACUACCACCAGUGGGUCUAGUAGUGGAAAUGCCUUCUAAUAAUGCUGGAAAACCCGGCUCAGCUGCUGUAGAGUCAUCUCCAAGAGACCAUACACACAAGGAAAGUGGACAAAGGGGGGGCUCUGGGUCACAAACCCAUGGUGGGAAUGAUCACCCACCACACCAACGCAAUUUGUUCAAGAGAGGCAAUGCAGGCCCCCAUCCUCGUGGUGGUGAUGGUUCUUACCAUCACAAUUAUGGCGGCAGGCGGGAUCAGGACCGUGGGAGUCAUGAUUGGAGAAAUUUUAAUGGCAGAGAUGGUCACAUGCAGUCGCAAAGAUUUGUUAGGGGCUUUAUGCGACCCCCACCGCGUAGUUCUACACCGCCAUUUAUUCCUCCUCCACAAGUGCCUGUGCGAGCUUUUGGCAACCCUAUGGUUUACCCUGAAGUAGCCCCUCCGGUGAUUUAUGUUCCAGCUCCGCCUCCACCUAUUGUUGCACCAGUAACACAUCAUGCCAUCUUUUAUCCUGUCACGGAUCCACAGUUGCAAGCUAGGAUAGUGACUCAGAUAGAAUAUUACUUCAGUAACGAAAAUUUAAUUAAAGACAUCUACUUGCGGCAGAAUAUGGAUGAACAUGGCUGGGUUUCCAUUGAUUUAAUAGCAGGCUUCAACAAAGUUAUGGAUAUGACAGACAAUGUCCAGCUUAUAUUGGAUGCUGUCCGCACAUCAGAUGUAGUGGAAGUGCAGGUUGAUAAAGUUAGAAGGCGUAAUGAUUGGAGGAGAUGGAUCAUGCCUCGUUCCGUUCAGUUUCCUGCUGUCUCAAGUCCUCAAUCAGUGGGAAGGUCUAGUCAUGAUCUGCUCGCAACCAACGUCCAGAGUAUGUCACUGGAGGACAAGACAAACAAACAGGGUCAGGUUGAGGCAUUCCGAAGUAGAUCAUUGUCGGGGGAUUGGCAUAGUCAGUCUCAAUCAUCCAGUGGUGAGGGGAUAGGCCAAGCGACUGUUCAAGCUGGUUCCGAGCAUCCUGUUUCAACAAGAAGUUCAAGUAAAUGAGAAUCUUGCGCUGUUGCGCACAUUCUGUCAUGAAGGGUUUUUUGAGAAAGAUGGGGGUAUGGAGGCACUCAAUGAUGAAAUAUCUUGCAUAUUGUGUUUUUGGAGGUAAUGGUCUUGGCCUUGCCAUGGCAUGAUGAAACAUGUCUUCUAAUGGGGCAAAAUAGAAAAACAAAAUUAAAAAGGAAAAGUAAAAAGACGGAAAAACUUAUAAAAAAAAAAAAUAAGAGAAAAACAAUCGGAGGGGAAGAAAAAAAAACAAAAAACCAGAGCUGUUUAUGGCUACAAGGUAGUGAACAUGAGUUUGUUGGGAUGAUGUAUGUAUGGUUUUGGUGGGAACUGUUGUCUUUUAAUUUCAUGGUUAUUCAUUGCGACUUGGUGUUUUCCUUAGGGGGGAAUUUUGCUUCUACUUCCCCUUGCCUGCCCCUCAGCUAUUAUUAUUAUUAUUAUUAUUAUUUUUUAAUAUCUUUGGGGCCAGAUUACCUUCCGUCGAUGGGAUGAUGAAGUCAGUGGUUUCGUGAUUGUGGUUGGUUAGAGGUUGGAAGAAUUGGUCCUUAGUGGAUUGAUGUUGCUCAUGCCACUGUUAUUGUUAUACUGUUGCUUGCAUAAUUAUAUACAAUUUUUUUUUAUUUUUA